AGCUGAUUCAGUAGUCAGCGGAAACACUUGCAGUGCGUAGAUAUUGCAUAGUAAUUAUUUCUCGUCUAUCUAAUUGUGAUUUCAACGCAUCAAGCGAACUCGUGUUUGAUAUGCUCGAUAGUUUUCUCUCGAAAGUAAAAAAACAACUGAUAAAAUUCGUGGAGAGUGUAACCUACGUUUGAAGCUCUACCAGAUUGUGCAAGAAUUAAGGUUGGGAACACACGAAAGAAGCAAAAUAUUUAUCUCACUGAUAAAUUAGCGUCCUGCAUUUCAUCAGCUCAAAAAAAUUACAUCACGCUUAAGAUAGCAGCAGUGAGGAAAAGAGAAGUCAGAGAACUCAUCAAGUCAAUUAUAUUGAAUAGAGAAAACUGAACAAUGAACGUCUCAUUACCUUUGCGCUACACAAAAGAUAUCUCCAAUCGUCUUACGAUGAAACAAAGACUGUUUUAUGAAAAGAAUGGAUAUUUAGUAUUUCCUGGCCUUAUACCACAAGAUGUGAUCGAUGAAUGCCACAAAAGAUUUGAUGAUAUUAUCGAAAACAAAGUUUCACGAGACGGAAUUUUAGUGAUGUAUGAUGUGAAGGAUAGGAAAUCGGUAAAUAAGAUACAGUAUAUAAAUCAGGACCCGAUAUUCCGUCAUUAUAUCGAGCACAAGAAUAUCCUCGAUGUAGCCGAAUGCUUUACGGGACCGAACAUUUUAGCGAUACACAAUAUGCUCAUCGCGAAGCCGCCCGACAUUGGAUUCGGUAGUUCCAGACAUCCGCCGCAUCAAGAUCUGUAUUACAUGCCGAUACGUCCAGCUGAUCGUAUAGUGGCCGCGUGGACAGCCAUGGAACCGUGCGAUAGAGAAAACGGAUGUCUUUACGUAGCACCUGCAUCACACAGGGCGGAUCGCCUGUACGAGCAUAGUUAUCCUUUAAAUUCGGAUGGUACAAUAAAUAAAUUUUACCACGGAAUAGAAGAGUUAUCUUCAAUCAAAGAAUGGGUUAAUCUCGAGAUGCAAACCGGCGACACAGUGUUCUUCCAUCCGUUGCUCAUUCACGGAUCUGGCAUCAAUAAAUCCAAGAGGACGAGACGGGCCAUUUCCUGUCACUAUUCGUCAGCGGAUUGUAAUGUGCUCGAUAACGAUCCAAUUCAAGAUACCAUCAGAAAUGAGGUCUUGGAAUAUGCGAUGAAAAAAUAUCCUGGUAUAGAACUAACAUAUGCGGAUAUAUGGCGCUUUAAAUCUUCUCUUGUACGCGGCCUCCGAUCUUCCUUUUAAACGUUUAGCGUUUAAAUUAUUAUAUUUUAAAACAGGGAUAAUAAUCGGGAAUAAUAAUAAUGUUAAUAUAGUUUCGAUAUAAAUAAUAUGGAAGGAAAGGGAUUAACAUAAGAUUCAUUUAGUAAACAAUAUACGGUAUAAUAUUCAGGAAGAGAAAGAUGGGUAAGUAACACUACAGAAGAAGAAGUAAUGACAACGGCGGGGCUAUCGCCGUUAUUAUUUAAUGAAUUAAAAUUGCGGCGGUGUCGCUGAGAAUUCAACGGCUGGGGAACGUAACAAUGCUUCGCGAGGGGAUCCUUAUAAGUGUUUUCGUGUUGCACGCUUAAACUCGAAGUGCGACAGACGGCCAAGCAAAUCUGAAAGCGAUCCUGAUUACGUAUACGCAGCCUCCCUCCGUCUUUUUGCAUUCUUGCAGACCCUAACUUUCGGCCUCUCAUUUGUAAGAUUUGCUGAAAUAAAUUUAUAUCUAUUUUA